CUCUCCGUGCCGACUGCCUUAUCUAUCCGUGUCAAUAGGUGGAUUUGGAGUGCUGUAAUCACACGGGAGACGGCUUAAUUGCCGCUAUUGACAGAUUUUCAUGUCUAAAAAUCAGACCAGAGAGGAGAUUUCAAUCCAAGCGUGUUAGCCCGUAUAAAGAAGAGAAGAAACUGAAAACUGCGUCAGGGAUGUCAGGUCGUCCGUCUCUCACCUAGUUCGGAAAUGGCUGCAGCCGGAGAAUAAACUACUGGAUUCCGUGAAUUAAGAGAUUUUUAUAAGUAAUUAUGAUCACAAGUCUUGGGUCGUAUUUUACAGAACGUUGUAAACAAUGUAUUUGAACGGUUGCUGGGGCGGUUUGCAACAGACGGGUGGAUUGCCCUCUUGUUUUUUCGUCGCUGUUCUCUAUACGUUUGGAUAUGUUAAAGGUCUGGACUCAGAUUCUGUGUACUACUUAACGGAAACAUGUUACGGUCACGUACAGGCAGCAGAAGGGCGAAUAGAGGCGAGCACCGCGUUAACGUACGACAACAACAUGAACUGCGUCUUCACCGCAACAGCCACGGGGGGCGUUGGACUCAUACUGGUCCUGCAGAGAUUUGAGAUAGAGGAAAGCACGGACGGGCAAUGUAAAUUUGAUAAUUUGACUCUUCACAAUGGUAAUAGCGUCGCAAGCCCGGUUAUACCGACAGCACCGCUGUGUGGCCGUAGAAGUGGCUUGUAUUUCCUUACCUCCUCAACGUCCGUGACUGUGCAUUUCAGAACAGACUCCUCUGGUGUUGAUAGGGGUUUCAGUCUACUGUUCACGGCCUAUUAUCAAGCACCAUGCAGAGCUGACCAGUUCUUGUGUGGAGGAGGACAGUGUGUUGGGGGGAACGUGAAGUGUAAUGGAUUAAACCAGUGUGGCGAUUUCUCGGACGAAACCAACUGUGCAGAAGAUUCGGAAGAGGAUUCUGCCAACGAUCCCGUUCCCCAGGCAGAUCCAGGCGUAGUAUCUGGAGUUAUAAUAGGAGUGACUUUGUUUAUAAUUCUUGUAAUACUCGGAGCUUGGCGCCUUUACAAAUGGAAACAAUACAAGGCAUUUUUGAAAAGAAUUGAAAAUGAAGAGGUGGAGAAGGCGGGAUAUAAUGAAAUAUCUUUCAGGACAGUAGACAACAGAGUGGAAUAUCCUCUCACGAACUAUUAUCAAAAUGACGACUAG